AUGCCUGAUGAAAAACUAGGCAUGCCUUCGCUGUCGAGAUAUCUGCGACCCGAUAAGUUUGACAUCGAGCCUGAUGUCGCGGACGCGGAUGAAAAAUGGGUACACUGGAAAUCGACAUUUGAAAGCUUCUUAGCAGAAGAGAUUACCGACGAUGUACCAGACUCCUUUAAGCGUAAGCUGCUAGUUAAUCACUUAUCGGCAUCGAUUUACAAGCAUAUCAAAACAUGCUCCACUUAUAAAGAUUCGAUGAAAGUUCUAGAAGAUAUCUAUGUCAAACCGAAAAAUACUAUUCUAGCUCGACACAUUCUCUUCAAUCGCAAGCAACGAGCCGACGAAACGAUCUCUGACUAUAUUAGAGCUCUCCGACUUUCCGCGAAAGAUUGUAAAUUCGAAGACGUCAUAGCUCAAGAGCAUGAAGACCAAGCAAUUCGUAGUGCUCUCAUAUCCGGCUUACUAUCACGAAGGAUUCGCGAACGGUUACUAGAAAACUCAAAACUCACUCUCUCAGAAGCACUUAAUCAAGCCGUAGCACUGGAAACGGCAGAGAAGGAUGCAGUUGCUAUUGGUAUCAGUUCUUCGCAACUUACCGCCAUAUCGCAAGGUACUUCACGGGACAAGGAAUCCGAAAACCUAGCGGCAGCUCCAUCGUCACGAACUUUUCAAGCCGCCCCGACCACGCCACCUCCGGCUAAACCCUGCUUCUUUUGCGGCGGGAGUCUUCAUCCAAGGUUCAGAUGUCCAGCCAACAAAGCCACCUGCAAAAAGUGCUCAAAGAAAGGACACUUUGCAAGCGUCUGUAGAUCGGGCAAUAUUAACUUGAACUCCACGACAGUUGAAGAUCCUACGACCUCUAACAACAACCAGGUCUACAGUGGAGCUAUUUCUGCUGCCUCUCCUUUGAGCCUUAGGAGUGCGACAAUUCCAAUCAUGGUCAACGAAUACAAGGCUGAUGCACUCGUCGAUACAGGAAGUUCAGUCAGCUUUAUUAACGCUAGUGUUGCUCGCAUAAUGAAACUACGCAAAAAACCCUGCAAG